ACUGGGUCUUCUCCAUUACCAUUCGUCACUGCUGAUGAUACAGUGCUCCAUAGCAACCCACCAUGGGAGCAGGGUCAAUAGUCAGAAUUCUUCGGUCAAUGAAAAAGUCAAAUAAAUGCAAUUAAUGGGGAAAAGAAGAGGAAGACGAAGGUGAAGACGGACGACUUCUUUGCGUGGUUGAGACGAUCCUUAAGCGUCUCAAGAUUGAACGCCCCACAAAACCCAUCUUCUCCUUCCCUCUCUCUUUUUUCCACGCGUAUAGGAGAACUCUGCCCAUCUCUCUCUUGGUGCUCAGAAUUUGAGAGAGAGAGAGAGAGAGAGAGAGAGAGAGAGAGAGAGAGAGAGAGAGAGAGAGAGAGAGAGAGAGACAGACAGAGCGAGCGAGCGAGCUUGAAAUGGGGCUUUGCUGGGGUUCUCCUUCCAAUAACCAAACCCCUAGUACUACUGGUCAUUUUAGUACUUCAGCAGGAGGAAUAUCUCAGACAACCGGAAACACUACAUCCUCAAUUGGAAGCAACAUAUCGAGGAACAGCCGGUUCUCAGCAGCGAGUGGCAAUGAUGAGGCAUAUCCCGGUGGGCAGAUUUUACCCGACUCGAAUUUAAGGAUCUUCAGUUUUUUAGAAUUGAAGACUGCCACCAGAAAUUUCAGGGUCGAUACGGUGUUGGGAGAAGGAGGUUUUGGCAAAGUUUACAAGGGUUGGCUUGAGGAGAAGGUCACAUCAAAGAGCGGUAGUGGUUCAGUUGUUGCUGUCAAGAAGUUGGACUCCGAGAGCAUGCAAGGAUUCGACGAGUGGCAGUCUGAGGUCCAUUUCUUAGGAAGGCUUUCUCAUCCUAACCUUGUCAAGCUAUUGGGAUACUGUUGGGAAGACAAUGAGCUACUCCUUGUGUAUGAAUUCAUGCAAAAGGGCAGCUUGGAAAACCACCUUUUUGGAAGGGGCUCUGCUGUUCUGCCACUUCCAUGGGACAUACGGCUUAAGAUAUUAAUAGGAGCAGCUCAAGGUCUCGCGUUUUUGCACACAUCAGAGAAACAAGUGAUCUACAGAGAUUUUAAGGCCUCAAAUAUAUUGCUUGAUGGGUGUUACAACGCCAAAAUAUCGGACUUUGGUUUGGCUAAAUUGGGUCCCUCAGCUAGCAAAUCACACAUUACAACACGGGUCAUGGGCACAUCAGGCUAUGCAGCUCCAGAGUAUGUUGCCACAGGGCACUUGUAUGUGAAGAGCGACGUGUAUGGUUUUGGUGUUGUGUUGAUCGAGAUGCUAACAGGACUACGAGCAGUUGAUCCAACCCGUCCUGGUGGGAGAUUAAAUCUUGUUGACUGGAUCAAACCACAUUUAUCGGACAGAAGGAAGUUGAAGCAGGUAAUGGACUCCCAGUUGCAAGGAAAAUAUCCUUCCAAAGCAGCUCUUCAAAUAGCUCAGCUUGCCCUAAAAUGUAUUGAACCUGAACAAAAGACGAGGCCAUCGAUGAAAGUAGUAGUGGAGACGCUGCAACAUCUUGUAGAAAACGAUGAGAAGCCUAAAGAGCCUAGAGUUCAUCCCAGAAAUCGUACUAGUUCUCAUCACCCUCGCGGUCCACAGCAGCCUUUGCACCAUCGAUCUCCACUUCACCCGAGGCACCACGACCACCAGUCCUAUCAACUCCCUCCACCCGCACGGUAGCUUUGGUACACCACUUUCCACGAGGGCUGAGCAGGUUGUGAUGAAUCUGCGUACGAAGAUACGGAAAUUGUAAUGAGUUUUGCUGUUCUAGUGGUGCUAUGUUAUUAGAAGAAAAGAAUGUAAGGAAUCGAGAUGUAAUUAUUUUUGUUGGUCUCUUGACUAGUGCUUGAUAACAUGUCAACACGGCCAUUAUAUGUACACCAGGAAGAAACAAUUUCUGUUUUGUUUAGGUGUUCAACAAUCAUAUGAUAACGUGCGUUGUUGCAACGUUAUGCAUUGAAAUUUAUUUGAAAUGAAGAUUGCCAUUCAAUCUAUGAAAUGAGGAUAAUAGUUGUUAGUGUUUUGUCAAU